GUACAGCUGAAUAAUGACUUCCUUCAGUACGUUUCGGGUGAUUGCAAUUGCACUAUCUUCCUUCCUUGCCUGCAUUUAGCUUUCCGGUUACGUGCUCUAUUCGCGCUAUGACUUGGUUUCUGCUUAGAUGGUAAUAUACCUGGUACUUUUCAAGUCUACAGGUGGUUACUUACAAGGUUAUCACCAAGAUGCCGCUCCCGACACAUCUGAUCAUCGUAUGCUGCCACGCUAUUUACAUUGGGCCAGACAGCUUCAAUGAAUCAGAUUGGUUGAUUGAGCCGUUCCAGAAAGGUGAAACGGACACGUACAUUGCGCACGUCGAGGCUGGAGUCAAAGAGUUGGCGAAGGACGAGAAUGCGCUUUUGGUGUUUAGCGGUGGUGCGACGAAGAGGGAUCGUACGGAGAAGACUGAGGGGGAGGGGUACUUGAACGUCGCACUCGAAAGGAACCUGUUCGGCCUUGAGACGUCGCCGCCCAGCCUCCGUCAACGAAUGUUCGUCGACCGCUUCGCCACGGACUCGUAUCAGAAUGUACUAUGCUCACUGAUUCAAUUUCCUUUGUCCGUGGCGGAGUACCAGCGCCGCCUAUCUACGGAGGGCGGUGACGAUCCUGGACAUGUGUCAGCGGCAAUGGGGCCAAAAGUGGACGUGGUGUUCCCAUCGAAGUUGACGAUCAUAUCGCAUGAAUUCAAGCGCUCGAGGUCUCUGAAUCUACAUCUCCCGGCUAUGCGGUGGGGCGAGAACAGAGAAACGCACUACGUGGGAAUCAACCCGUCAUUCGACGCGGUAAAAAUGGCUGAGAUCGAGGUUGGGGAUCGAUUACGAGGUUACGGUGCAUGGGAGAAAGAUCUGUAUGGUGUGGGGGAGCUGUUGAGCCGGAAAAGGGCGGUCCGAGGGUGGGAGGGUGAGGUGUUUAGACUGGAGGUGCUUCAACGCUUAUCUCUGAGUGUCAGGGCAGAGGUGGAAGCGGUCGUUUUCUUUGAGGGCAAACAGGAUUUGACGGCGUUGUAUGACGGGAGGGUGCCCUGGGAGUAGGGCCGUCAGGAUGGUUGAGAAGAGAGGGAAUUGAGACACUAUUAAUCCAGAGGACAUCUGAACGAGGAGGUAUCAGGGAGGGAAGUAAUGAAUGGACAGUACCUGACGACAAGCAGUGUCGAACAUGAUCAUGAAUUCUCGCUUUUACAACUCAUACACAAUGUCUUCCAAUCAACCAAUCCAACACCAGAAUUCCAGCAUCGUCAGCACUCCUCACUCAUCAGCCUAGUCGGACUCAUCAGAUUCUUUGGUGUGGCAGAUCUGGCGGCUCCAGCGACGUUUUCCAGAGCCAUCUACAAUAAUGGGCGGAUAGAUCCAUUGCUCCCAAAU